GACGAAUUAAUAUGGCAUCCACUGUAGUUUUCUUGUUUGUAUCUGUUCUGGUGACAUUUGGUGUUCAGGGUUCCUGUCCUCCAAGUAUUGGAAAUGACGUCUUUGAAGACCUAAUAAAUGUGAUGGUAAAAGUCAAGUGUCAGCAAUCAGUCAGUCAGCCUAGUUUGCAACCAGCUUUCUUUGCAACCUUGCCUAAAACCGUUUCACUUGGUACGAAUGCUGUACUCAAACUUGAUCGUAUAGUGACAAAUAUUGGGAAUGGAUAUGAUCCAAACUCUGGAGUCUUUACAGUUGGUAAAUCAGGACUGUACGAAUUUGCUGCAAAUUUCAUCUCAAAUGGUGAUAAUUGGCUUGAGUUAAAUCUAAUGAAAAAUAACGAGUUCAUAGUAAAAGGGCAUUCAGCAAAGGAUCAUGGUACAGCAGGUUCACUUCAGGCCAUAUUACAAGUGAAGAAAGGAGACCGAAUGUAUCUCCGCAAUCCCCGUAGCUAUGGUUCAGUUCAUGGAGACAACUAUGCAAUGUUUUCCGGUCAUUUUAUUCAAUAAAAACUAUUAUAAAGUUUUA